CUCGAACGUCGAGCGCCUCGCGUGCUCGCGACAUAUCGUUUUCUCCUUCUGUCUCUCUCUCUCUCUAUCUCUCUUUUUCUCUCUCUUAUAUAUACACAUAUAUAUAUUAUAUAUAUUAUAUAUAUAUAUAUAUGUAUAUAUAUCUCUGUCUCUCUAUCUGUUUCUCUCCCUCUCUCGCACGAUCCGUCGCGCGUUUUCACCGGGAAAUAUAAUCGUGUGCACGAUGUAAAAAGUACGAUGAUGUGCGUGACGAGCGAGGAAAAGAACAAUACAUAGAGAUACACAAGCUUUUGUUUAUAUUAUGCAACCAAGCGGCGAAUAAUAUUCUCGAGUAAACUUUCGGAUGGUCAGCUCGUGAGAGAAAAGAGAAAGAAAAAUUGCAAGAUAGUGUGCGUCGAACAAACGAACGAAAGAAAGAAAGAAAGAAAGAAAGAAAGAAGAAAUCGCGUGCGUUUUAGAUGCGAGUAGGUGCAUCGGGGGUGAUAAAUCGGGGCGCAAAGGCGCCGUCGCGUCUCCGUGCUGCUCUCUCGACGUGAUGCUGCUACCAUCCUCUGUGACCGUACUACUCGUGACCGAACGAUCGUGAGUGUUGGAUUCUCUCGUGGGAGAACGUUAAUCGGUUUGAUUCUUCUUCCUCUUCGAGGAGGAAGAGAAAGAGGAAGAGGAGUAGGAGGAGGUGGUGGUGGAGGUGGAGGUAGAGGUGGAGGGUUAAAGACAAAACGAAAAAAGAGAAAUAGAAAGUAAAGCAAAAUAAAAGUGGAAGAGGUGAAAAGAAAGGAAAAAAAAAUGAGGGCUUCGUUGCUACUCCUGGGGGGCAUUAUCGUCGUUCUCUCGAUCGCGGUUGCGAGGGCACUAUCUUGUGUAUGUUCACCGCUCGAGUGUGACAUACUCACCGACGAGGAUUGCCCUGGAGGUCUCACCUGGGAUCCCUGCAGAUGUUGCAAAGUAUGCGCGCGCGUUGAAGGUGAACCAUGCGGGGGUCUUUUCGGCUUUUCCGGGAGCUGCGCGGUCGGGCUCCAGUGUGUAAUCAAAAAUCUACUGCCUCACACGCGGGAAGUGGACGAGGGCGUCUGUGCGAAGAUACCAGGGAGAUGGCGAAGGCAUUGUCCAAACGGACCAGUAAUGUCCGGUCCUGGAUGCAACCUGGUUGGUGAUGGAACCUCGGACGAAAGCGGAAACGCGGUUGCGAGCGGGAAAUGCGUUUGCGGACCGUCCGUGCCCUGGUGUCCGGGCGAACCGCGACCAUAUGUCUACAUGACGCGGCACGAGUGCAAGCUCAAUUUGGCCGCGAAAAUUGCCUACGACGACCUCCUUGACUCCAAGGAUAGAGCGAACGUCGUGGCCGACGAGAGCAAGGACGCAACUGCAGCACCGGACACCCCUUCCAAUCGACUCCUGCAUGGCUCGCGAUGUCCCGAGGACAGCGUGGAAAAUGAAAAUGGCGAGUGCAAAUGCUCUCCGACGUGUCCUUCACCACCGGUCUGUUCUGAACCUGAACAACGUCUGUUACUGACAAGAAAUGCAAUUCCUGGGACACCCGGUAGAUGUUGCCCACGUUAUAAAUGUCUUCCCUCAGGACAUCAGCAAGAUGGACAUCAAGAAGGACAGGAUCAACAGCAGAGUUCGGAAAACGGUUGUCCCAGGGAUAGUGUUCCAAGUGAAGAUGAAGUAUGCAAAUGCGUACCUACCUGUCCACCUGCGUCUUGUAAACCAGGUGAACGUGCCGUUGAGGUCAGGCGAGCUGUACCUAAUACGCCUGGUUCCUGCUGUCCUCUUUACGAUUGUGUAGCUUCAGAAUCCGUAUACUGGAUCGAAACGGAAGAGGGUAGCAAUACCGGGAAUUGUUUCUUCAAGGAUGGGAUUUUCCGACGAGUUGGUGAACAUUGGAAAGAGGAACCUUGUGUAAAUUGCACAUGCCAGGAGAAUGGGCAAGUGUCCUGUCAAGCGAUCAUGUGCAAAUUUUGUGCAAACGCAAUACCACCAGAUCCAGGCGAAUGUUGCUCUCACUGUCCACAACCAACGAGUUCGACCGAUGUCGAUGUCGAUAACAAGUCGAUUUGCAAGACUCCUUUGAUCGACUGUAACCUCAAUUGCGAUCGUUAUUUGACCGACGAGGACGGCUGUCAAAUUUGCGAAUGUUACGAAUCAACAAAGAACGAAAUAGUCCACACACCAUUCGAAAAUGACAAACAUUGUCCAGAAUUAUCAAACUGUGAACUGAACUGCGAUCUCGUAAAAGACGAGAGUGGAUGUUCGAUUUGUACCUGCCAAUCAACAUCAAAUUCAUCGUCACCAUCACUGUCACCUCAACGACAUCAACAAAAUUCGAGUGUCUCUUCGUCGAAUCGGACAUUGAGCCAUCCAAAUGUCGAGAGUUUCGAAAAUGACGACGAUAAGAAAAUCGUCUGUCCCGAAGUAAAGUGUGAUCUUCAUUGCGAACAUGGUCUCAUGAUGGACGAGAACGAUUGCACUUUAUGCGAGUGCAAACAGCUUCACGAGGACUGUCCUCUGUUCGUGGGAUGCAAGAAAAAAUGCAGAUUCGGUUACAGAACCAACAAACGUGGCUGUCCGAUAUGUCGCUGUCGUGCGAGUUGCAUCAACGACAAGAACGAACCAAUACAGGAAGGUGGAAACUGGCUACGAAACGCUUGCACGACUUGCACGUGCGAGGUAGGCGGGAGAGUAAAUUGCAAGGAGACCGUUUGUUCGGUGGCCUGUAGCGAUCCUUUACCCCCGGAACCAAACACAUGCUGCCCAGUUUGUCCGAUCACGGAAAAUGAGAUCGGUCAUCAGAAUAGCAGAGGUUGGGGAGUGGUCCCAAUUACGCUGAUUGUCGUCCUAGCAUUGCUCUGCCUUCUGCUGAUCACCCACAUCGUUCGUAGCCGUUUCCGUGGUCGAUUGUCGCCAUCAGAUGCAAGCUAUUCCUAUCCACCGCAAUACUACAAGUGCGUGCCUGCUUACGACACACCGAUGCAUCGAAACGAGAAGAUCGUGCCGCUGUAAAAGACUGUUUUCGACGAUGCACACCUUCCUCGAUGUUCCUCGAUCUUAUUUCUUUCCACGUUUCUUAGAGAAAAAAAAGAAAAAAUUUCACGAGGAUCUUGGAUGUGAUGCUCAUCGGAAAAAAAAAGAAAAAAAAAGAAAGAAAGAAAGGAAACGAAGAGGAAGAAGAAAAACUAAUCCGGUUCGAUUUACUUUUUUCUAAGAAAUCGAUAAACCGGAGUUGAGAAAUAAAUAGGACCUUUGCGAGUAGAUUCAGUAUUAUUCUUAAGAGACGAGCGAGACGUGUUUUUGAGGGAGAUCGAAGAAAAAACAAGAUAAACAGAAAAAAAAAACAAAAAUAACGAUAUAUAAAAUGGGGUGAGGACAAAAGAAAAAAAGAAAGAGAAACAAAUUAUUCGACGACACCCCACGAAUUUACUACCUGCUCGAUCCCCUCGAAAUCUCGUUAAGAAAAAGAAAGAUGAAAAAGAAGAAGGACUACUAAUAUACGGUAUCGUUUAAUCUGUAAAUUAUAAAAAAAAAAGAAAAAAAGAAAAAACGACUUUAGCGUAAAACCGUCGUUGUAAGUGUGCUAACUAGCGUUAACCCUCGUAGCUCCUAACUUAUAUACAUAUACAUAUACAUACUAUAUAUAUACUAUAUAUAUAUAUAUAUAUAUAUAUAUAUAUAUAUAUAUAUAUAUAUAUAUAUAAUGUGUGUGUGUGUGGAAAGAGAGUAUAGAAAGAAAGAGACGGGUCUCCAUCGUAGUAUUAGUUUCCUUGAUCUCUCUGGACCACAACGCGAUUGAUUGAUUGAUUAAUUAGUAUAAUUAAUAUUCAAAAGUCGAUUAUUGUAUGCAAGAAAUUUUUCGUUCUUUUUCAUUUUUUUUCCUUUUCUAUUCGUUAAAAAUAAUGUGAUAAAAGAGUUUUAUAUCGUGCCUUAGUUUGUAUACCUCUUAUUAAAUAAUUUAAUUUAAAAAUUUCUUACAAAAUUAUGACAAUUUUUCAUACUUUAUGCUCAAAUUUCAUUUUCAUUUCUUUUUUUUUUCCCUAUUCUCCUUCGAUGAUCUUCGAGAUCAUUCAUUAUUGCUUCGAACGUUACAUUGGCGAUCGUUUUUGUGUCUUUAAAAAAAAAAAAAAAAGAAGAAUAAAGAAGAAGGAUCGAGAUUCUUAUUUGAGAGAAAGAUCAGACAAAAUUUGAAAUAUGAAAUGAAAAAAAUAUUAAUCCUAUCCGAGGUCCAAUGAAAGAACUAACGAGUCGGUUCAAUACAUAUAUAUGUAUAAUCAAGAAAUAUCUUAGGUUAAUCCGUUCGUAACUGUGUUAUUAGAUUGUUCCUAUAUAUAUAUAUGCAUAUAUAUGUAUAUGUAUGUAUGUAUGUAUAUGUAUAUGUGUAUAUAUAUAUAUAUAUAUUAUAUGUAUAUCACUACUUUCACUCUCUUAGCCAUCGAGAUACAUUUCAGUGUGGGAUUCUCUUCAAAAGAAAAAAAUAAGAUAAAAAGAUAAGCAUGAAAAGCGACGAAAGUGUAUAUAUAUGAUACCUUAAUUAAAAAAAAAAAAAGAAAAAAAGAAAAAAAGAAAAAAAAACAAGACAAAAAAGAAAAAAGAAUAAUGAGAAAAAAUUUAGUAUAAAACUUUCCAAUCUACGCUAAUUUGUUUCUUUUUUGCGCCCUUAGUACUUAGCCCUUCAAUCGUCACCUGCAAAACAAAAUAAAGCUCGGUCUUUCGCAGUGUAUUAUUGAAAAAAUAAAUCUGCGACUCGUCCAAACAAACCGGACGAAUUUUUGAUAGACUGAGAGAAUACAAUUUUUUGCUAUGUACAUACGUGCCGACGAUUCGACUAUUUCUUUUUUUUUCUAUUUUUUUUUUUUGUUUUUUAAUUAUAUCCUUGGCAGUUCAACGGUGAAAUUCGAUUGUUUGCCGCGAGUGCUCUAUCGAGUACUUUUAUACACGUAUAGAUAUAACUUUUACAAAUUUCGUUCGAAAUUUAAUAAAAAAGAAAGAGGUAAGAAAAAAAAUUAAAAAGAAAGGUAUAAGUAAAAAGAAAAGAUUAUUUCCGCUUGAAAAAGAAAUAAAAUGAAACAAGAAAACAUAAUGUGAAUGAUAAGGAAGUUUGGAUAGAUUGUAUAAAUGAACGCGAAAAAAAAAGAAAAGUUGACGAGUAAAUAAUCUCUCCGAAUUCGAAAAGAAUAAAGUUCAGUUAAACAAAAAAUACGGAAUUUAUGAAGUUCAGUCAAACAGAGAACAAAAAAUAAUUUGUAACGGAAGUGUGUUUUCAAGGAAACGACGUGACGUAAGAUAAAUUUGGUCAAAAUUUUGUCAUCGUAAUGAGAAUUCGCACAUAUCCAUGUACUUACACACUCGCACGUAACUGGUAUUAUCUGCCAUAAAUUAACACAUACAUAUAUUUUUUCAAUGUGACACGUCUUUAUAUAUGUAUAUAUAAAUAUAUACAUAUAUGCAUAUACAUAUAUAAUUAAAUACAUCCUAUUAUUACGUAGAUAACGUAUAGCGUGCGUGGUAGAUUUAUUUAUAUGAUAAUAAUGUACGAGCGCAUAUAUACUAUAUAUAUAUAUAUAUAUAUAUAUAUAUAUAUAUAUAUAUAUAUAUAUAAAACAUGUAUUACAUAUAUGUAUAUAUAUAUUAUAUACAUAAUAUAUAUAUAUAUAUAUAUAUAUAUAUAUAUAUAUAUGUAUAUAUUGUCAAUAAACAACAACAGGCUGUUUCGUACUAAUACAUGUACAUCUUGGAGACAAUAUACAUAUACAUAUCCAUGCAUACACAUAUACAUAUAUAUUUAGAAUGUUCAUCGUAACGAUCGCCAUGACGUUCGAGCCACUUCCAACAAUUUAAAACAAAAUAUAUAAUGUAAUAAACAAAAUAAUUGAUUUUCAACCAUUAAUAAAUCACAAAAAUGAAAUAAUAAAUAUCGGAAGUUUUCUUUUCAACUAAAAAAGAUAUCGACAUGAUAAUCCAUAUAAAAAUCAAUUCAUUUGACAAUUUUUACAUGUUAUAUAAAAAAAGUAAUAAUAAUCUAGAUUUUUCAUAAGAAACUAAAUUUGUCGGCGAUCGUUCAUUAAUAUAAUUUGUUGUUGAUUUGAAAUAAAUAAUUUCUUUUUUUUUUUCUUUGUUUCUUUUUUUUUCAUAACCACGUUUCGUCGAACUAUCGAAAGUGAUAUAAAAAAAAAGCAUGACGACCGUUACAUUAAAUAUAUUUUCAACAACAUUCAUACGUAUGUAUAUGCAUAUAUAUUUGUAUAUAUAUUUAUAUAUGUAUAUAUACAUAUAUAUGUAAGUGCAUUUAAAUAUCGACACACAUGGUAUACAAUGGGCGAAACAAUUUCUCGUUGUAAUUACAAACUAACUAACGGGAGAUAUACUAAUUACUUGACGAUAAAUAAUAACAAAAAUAAUCCAUAAAUAAGUUCGAACGUAAAAAAUCGCUUUCCUUACUCGACGACUCGCUGCAAUGGAUAAAUUUUACUCUAACGCAUUCGUCGUACUCGAACUCUCUUUCUAUCAUUUUUCAAAGAGAUCAGCUUGUAUAAAAACAGAUGAAAAAAAAAAUUAAUUAUUUCGUAAACUUCCGCAGGAUAAAAAAAAUUGAGUUAUUCGCGUCAAAGAAAUUUACAGAUUAAAAAUAAAACUAACAUAUAUAUAUAUAUUAUAUUAUAUAUAUAUAUAUAUAUAUAUAUAUAUAUAUAUAUAUAUAUAAUACAUAUACAUAUAUAUAUAAAUAUAAAAAUACGCAAGAAAUGGAGAUGAUUAUCUGAUAUAUUAUUCUAAGGAAUAGAGAAAGAGAGUUAAUGUCUGAAAGAGGUUGUAAGUUUUUGCGUGGUGAUGAUAAUUGAUAAAUGGAUAUAUAUAGUCUUAUGCUUAUACGCUCUUUGUACAGUUUCACUGUAACUAAAAUCAUAUCAGUGUAACCUAGAGAGUAAUUUAAUAUAUACGUAUAUUAUGUAAAUAUGCACACGUACGUAUAUUUGUGUACGUGCGUAUGCAUAUAUAUGUAUAUAUACACACAAACACACGCGAUACACAUAUGCAGGACACGCAUACAUAUUACGUACAUAUGUCAUGUUCAAAGAUAGCUCUUGUAUGUUAAAUAAAAGAAAAGUAAAUAAAAUUGUUGAUACGUGA